AGCAAGAGCAAGCAAGGCGUCGUCUCCAAUGGCGCGGCCGCAGCAACGGUAUCGCGGCGUCCGGCAGCGCCACUGGGGCUCCUGGGUCUCCGAGAUCCGCCACCCCCUAUUGAAGACGAGGAUCUGGCUGGGCACCUUUGAGACGGCCGAGGACGCGGCGCUCGCCUACGACGAGGCGGCGCGCAUCAUGUGCGGCCCGCGCGUGCGCACCAACUUCCCCCACGACGCCUCCGCCGGCGCCGGCGCCGACGGGCAGGCAUCGUCGUCGCUCCUCUCCCCCGCGCUCGUCGCCAAGCUCCACCGCUUCAACCUCGCGUCCGUGCAGGCCGCGCAGGCGCGCGGCAAGCAGGACGCCUCGACGACGGCCGCCUCGGCGCCUGCCGUACAGCCGCGCGCGACGAUUCCCACCGGCAAUGCGGGCAUGGGAAUUGCUCCCUCGCCGUCGGUGGCGGCGGCGGAGUGGAGCGGGGGGUUUCUUGAGGAGCAGUACGUGGAUCAGAUGAUCGAGGAGCUGCUAGAUUCCAACUUCUCCAUGGAGAUCUCCUACUAGUUGCACACUUGUACUACACGCUUCCCUCUCUCUCCAUCCUCUGCUAUGUUUCGUCUCUCUGUCUCUUGAGCUAGUGAGCUAGUAGCAUUAGCCAUGCCAGGAAGAACUCGAGAUUACUUUGGCCAGACGAGUUCUUGAGCAGCCUGUGUAUACGGUAGCAUCGUCAGAGUAUAACAAAGUUGGAUUGCGCCAUCUUUUUUCUAC